CCAAGGUCCGAAAAGACACAGGGACUCAGUGGGAAACUACUCAAGACUAACAAUCAUUCGCUGGAGUGUAGCUUAAAGAUACGACUGUUUAUUUAUUUGUAUUUCGCUUAAGCGUUUCGUAGGUUAAUCAUGGCGUUUCUGAUCUACCUGACUGUACUGACAAUAGCCGUCAUCACGCAGGUGGCUGCUAGCUGCCCAGCAGAGUGUGAGUGCCCUGCAGACCCUCUGAUGUGCCCUCCAGGGGUUAGCACAGUGUCAGAUGGAUGUGGGUGCUGCAAGGUGUGUGCUGCACAGCUCAACCAAGACUGCAGUCCCAUGAGGCCUUGUGACCACCACAAAGGACUGGAGUGUAACUACGGCAAUGAUGUAACCAUGGCCUGGGGCAUCUGUCGAGCUAAAUCUGAGGGACGCACAUGCGAGUACAACGGCAGGAUGUACCAGAAUGGUGAGAGCUUCCGUGCUGGCUGUAAACACCAGUGUACCUGCAUCGAUGGAGCUGUUGGCUGUGCUCCUCUCUGUAACAACAAACUGCCACCAGCUUCACCAUCCUGCCCCUACCCACGGUUGGUCAGGAUACCAGGCCAGUGUUGUUUCAGUGUGGACUGCCAUAGGGGAACCUGGCGCCUCCCACCUAAGCAUCAGGCGACUCCACCACAACACCACCUGCUCAGACCUGAGCACCAUCCAGCUCUGCACCAGCCUGAAAACGAGCUGGUUCUCGUCAACGAGCUUGCAGAUGUGAAGUCCAGCAGCUGGGAGCGUGAACAUGGCUACAAACACGUGCCAGUGUGGAACCAUUUGAAGGAAAAGAAGUGUCCAUUGCAGAUCACAGACUGGUCCCAGUGCUCUCGCAGCUGUGGGAUGGGCGUUUCUUCGCGAAUCACCAACAAGAACCCUCAGUGUAAGCUAGAGAGAGAGACGAGGAUCUGUACUCUACGUCCAUGCCAAGGCCUGACCGUCCCAGCCAAGAAGGGGAAGAGGUGCUCCCCAACCCAGAAAGCCCCAGGGCCCAUUCACCUCUCCUACGGAGAGUGUGUGAGUGUCCGCCUCUACCGGCCCAACUACUGCGGCGUGUGUACAGAUGGACGGUGCUGCUCGCCACGCCGCACACGCACAGUGCCUGUUACCUUUGUCUGCCCGGACGGAGAGCGUUUCCAGAGGUCAGCCAUGUUCAUUCAGUCAUGUAAGUGCAGUGAUGACUGCGGCCACCUCAAUGAAGUGGCCCUCCCUCCACAGCACUGGAUGUACGGUGACACACACAAGUUCAUAGACUAGAAGUAAGGAGUUUUUUUUUUUUGUUAAUUGUAAUUUGAAUGUGAUGAGGUCAGCUUUCUUGAAGAAGGAAGACACUUCAAGACGAGGGGCCGUUUUCUUUCUUUUCUGGCUCCGAGCGAGUGAAGACCACAGGCACACCGUCUGACUGCAACAACUGCAGGCAGGAAAGGCCGCCUCGGGUUUUAUUCACAAUCAUGAAGGCAACCCUUAAUGUAAUAUACGUGACCGGAGUGGAUUGUACAAUUCCCUGCUCCUGUUCAAACAGACGUGGGACCUAAAUUAGAGCCCUGAAAUGCCCCUGGAUUUCCCCCGCUCUGGACUGAUCGCUAGUUCAAGUGUGGAGGAUUUUUUUUUUAAUUUUUUUGAGACCCUCAGUUCAGCCUGAGGAGAGAAACACUACAAGAGCAACAAAGCACUUUGUUUAGCACUGAAAUUUACUGAACUAUGACUUUGAGGAUCACCUCACCUGCAUCAAUAGCCUCUUAUACUGUGAUAAUAAUGACUCCAUAUCACACAGUGCACUACGACAAGGAGCAAAAGAAAAACUUUUGCAGCUUUUAUGUAGAAAACUCCAGAGUAUAAAGUGACAUGAGAACAAUUUUUUUUUUUUAAAUAUACAAAAUCAGCAUGUUAUGAACACAAAAACAGACUGCAUCAACUGUGCUUUUUUUGACCUGCUGACAUAUCAAGUCUUCUAAAAUUUAAUUUACACACAGCAAUGACUGACAGUUUCCUUAUAACACGGACUAUUAACUGAUAAGGAAUGCCAUCUGGAAACGAAACAAACAUCAGCAGGGACUGGACCAAUGCCCACACAUUUCCCAAAGACAUCUGAUUUCUUGUUUAUGCAUCAAAUGCAGUUUGGAGAAAUGUCUUACACAAACCUGUUUUCUUGAAUUUUUAUUUUUGGAUCACACUGUAUUCUGUUAAUGCAUUUUCUUUAUUUUGAUCCAAGUUUGUACUAUGGUCACAUUUAUUCAUUGAGACACCA